AUGAAUAAAUAACAUAUUCCAGCGAAAGCAUAAGAAAAAAUAUUUGCUUUGAUCCUGAAACGACCAGAGAAUUUAGUGUGUGCUGAUUGUCUCACAAAAGGUCCUACAUGGGUUAGUUUGGAUUAUGGUGUAUUUAUUUGUAUGGAUUGUGCAGGUGCUCACAGAACUUUGGGUCCCAGUGUUACGCGAGUAAGAUCAACAAAUAUAGAUGGGUGGUAUUAAGAAAACAUUGAUAUUAUGGAAUCUAUUGGAAAUGCAACAGCAAACUCCUAUUGGGAAAAUACAAAGCCUAAGGAUUAUGUCAAACCAACAAUUAAUACAGGCUUGGAUUCUUUAAUUCGAUUUGUCUAAGAAAAAUAUGUCAAGAAGAGAUUUAUACCACAGUAAUAAUGUCUUGAUCCAAAAUAAUAAUAUAUGCUAACUAAAACUGCUGUUAAACCUUUCUACUUUAGAGCAGAAACCAAAUAAGAAGAACCAAAAGUGAAAUUAGGUGAUUUGAUUGAUUUAAACGAGUAAUUCGACAAUUUUGGUUCUUAAGACAUUAAAAUGGAAAUAGUCCAUGGUAAUAACACUUAGUAUGGAACUACUCAUUCUUUAUCACCAGAAAAGGACAAUACAGAUUUUAAUCAAACCAAAUAACAAGCUAAUCAUGUAAUGCACUCAUUGCCAUCUCUAGAUAUACUGAAUCUCUAUAAGCCAGAUUAAUAAUAGAAAUAAUAAAUGCCAUCAUAACAAACCAUUCCUUAAAAGAAUGCUAAUUAUGCUUACUUACAAAAUUUAGGAUAGCAAUAAUAAUACAAUUAUCAGUAAUACUAAAAUAAUAAUACUUAUUUCAAUUAGCAGUAGUAACAAUAAUAAUAAUAAUAAUUCUAACAAAACCUAUUUCUAUAACAAUAAACCAAUCACACAUAAUAAUAAUAAUAUAAAUAAAAUGGACCCAUCAACAUUAUGGAAUUGUAUUAAAGAUGA